GGCAAGAUGGCGGCCUACAGUGAGAAAGUCGCGAGGUCCUUCCUAAGGUCUGGCGCGGUUUUUGCUUUAGUUAAUUCCACAUUUUCGUCGCGGAAUGUCUUUCAGUUGAAGCGCACUGUUCCCCUCCUUGUGCGACACAUUCAGACAAGCUCAGUUGUGAGGAAGAGGAGUCUGGCUGCCACAAGCCAGGAGAAGUUCACGGAGGAGUACAUAAGAAAACAGAUCGAGGAGUUCAACAUCGGCAAGCGUCAUCUGGCAAACAUGAUGGGUGAAGACCCGGAGACCUUCUCUCAGGAGGACAUUGAUAGGAGCAUCGCCUACCUCUUCCCCUCAGGACUCUUUGAGAAAAAAGCAAGGCCGGUCAUGAAGCAUCCUGAUGAAAUCUUUCCCAAGCAGAAAGCGGUUCAGUGGGGGGAAGAUGGCCGUCCCUUUCACUUCCUGUUCUACACAGGAAAGCAGUCCUAUUAUAUGCUGAUGCAUAACAUUUACGGGAAGGUCUUGAAGCUGGAGAAGUACGAGGACCGCAUGAGGAACAAGGGCCUGUUCUCCCAAGACACCAAAACAAUCUCCGUGAUUGGCAGCAGAUGGUUGCUCAAGGAGGAGCUGGAGGAGAUGCUGGUGGAAGUGAUGUCUGAUCACGAUUACUCCCACUUCCUGCAGCUGAUGGAAAGACUGCUGGCCCUGCCCUACAGCCAUGUGGAGGAAGAGUUCAUCCAGAGCUUCCGCAAACAGUUGGAGGUCCAGUCUAGCAAGCAGGUGGUCCCUCCCCUGCAGUUUGAUGAGAAGGGCAUUGCCUUUAGCACCGGAGAAGGGAGAAGGAAGAUGGCCACAGCGUCCGUGGUGGUGCGAGACGUCGGCUCUGGGAAGGUCACCGUUAAUGGGAUCGACUACCUACAGUACUUUGUUAUUCUGCAAGACAGGGAGCAAUUGAUGUUCCCCUUGCAGUUCCUAGAUCAGUUGGGUAAGCAUGACCUGGAGUGCCAUGUGACAGGAGGCGGCCGCUCCGCCCAGGCAGGAGCACUGCGACUCGCCAUUUCCCGAGCUCUGCUGAGCUGUGUGUCCGAGAGUGAGAGGGAGGCCAUGAGACAGGCUGGCCUACUGACCCCUGACCCUCGAGUCAAAGAGCGCAAGAAACCAGGCCUGGCUAAAGCUCGUAAGAGGUACACUUGGAAGAAGCGAUAAGAGUGUACGUGUUGGCAUCCCUCAACCAUGGGUACCUGGGGGUUAUGACCCAAAAUGUGAAGAUUUCUGCAAACUACAGCCUGGCUGCAGUUUACAGCCUCCUCCAUGGUAAAUACAGGAUGUGCGCAUUACCAUGGAAAUUGUGGAAGAGGCACAGUUUGGGACCUGAGUGCAAACUGGACAAUGGACUUGGAUUCUUUUCAGUACACUGUGAGAAAUGGGUCCUCUUUUUUCGGACAAAUCGUAAAACUUAAUAAAUCUUACAUAACGGGGCCCAACUUGUGACUUUCUGCUGUUGUGUUUUUUCAUGGGUCAUUUACUUUGUUGGUAUGAAAGGUGAGCCAUGGCUGUGAAGUUAAAGUGACAUUAUUCCCAAAAGAGAGCAUCUGUCACUGUGAACGUGACACUUGUGACACUCCAUAUGUGUGGGAACUAAGAGUAACUUAUUUUUCACUCAAUUAAGGUAAGAGAAGGUGUGUGUUAAAACAAAUCCACAGUGCCCCACAUCCUUUACCUGACUCCACUGUCAAAGUGUUCAUGACUUGUCACCAACUUGUAUUGACUAUGCAUGUCUUUCUGUAUUCGCCCCAGAUAUGGUAUGGUAAUGCAGGGUUAUGUUUUACAUGUCUGCAGUGGUGUGUAGGCUGUGUAGUAAUGUCUUACAAAGUUUGCUCAGACUUUCGGUGUGUUUACUUUGAGCAAACAUGCAUGACAUUGAUAGGCAUUCCUAUAGUGUCACAUGUUGCAAUCCACAAUCCAGUAGAUGGACUUGAUUACAUCGUUUUUUUUCUCUCAUAGUCCUGUUUUAUAUCCUUCUGUUUUGAAACUUCCUGUCACCUCAUAAAUAGCCACAGUAUGGUAUCAGAUUGCCUUUAAAUUACCAUCAUCUUUUUUUUCCGGUUGACUCUGACUCCCUAAGCGAGUUGAUCGUAGAUCUGUUUCAUCUAGUGUAAGACAACAGAUUUUAAGAUACAAGACAAUUUUUUUUUUUUUUACCAGGUUCACAUGCAGGGACCACUGACUUUUGUUUUUUUUUUCCCCCUCUCAUUGGUCAUUGAGAUGCAUCUUACUAUCAGUUUUCCACAUUAAAUGUUUUGUGGCUUAUGGAGGGGUACAGUGACAAUGGAUCUAUGUGUAAUUUGUCAUGAACAGCAUGUUCAAGAAAGUCUUCGGCAUAGGCAGUUUUACUGCUCCUUCAGACACACUGAGUGUGUUAUGUUUUAUGGAAAUCUAUAGUCGGGUAAAAUAAUUAGCCAUUCAGUAAAGAACAUGUUGGAAUGAAUAACCCUAUGAUGGAUCACUUUCAGACCAAAAGCUUGUAAUGAUGUCUUUAAUUCGUGUCUAGGUAAUAAAAGGAAAUGAGCGU